GUAAUGGCUGCCAGAUGGCGAUAUGUCAAAAGUGCACUAGUUGGUGCAAGUUUGUGGGGCAUCGGUGAUUUCCUUGGCCAGUCCUAUAACAUACACAAACACCGAUCGAAGAGACGAAUGCAAAACAAAAUGUUAACAGAGAGGAGUCAAAUCCUGUUGGAAACUGACAAUGAGCCUAACAAACAAUACGUGGUCGAGUCAAGCCUGUUUGGACUCCUUGUCGGGUUCGCUGCGCAUCAUUACCAGCGACUUCUCAUUAGAACCUGCGGAACUCUGUAUCAACGUUCAAUACUAUGUUUUUUCCUUUUAGGCAUACAACAAAUGGUAUGGACCCCUUUGCUACUUUUGUCUUACUUCAAUUCCAUGACAGCAGCGCGAGGGUUUUUUUCCAACCCUAGUCUUAUGACAGCACACACCGCAGGAGCGCAGGGUCGGCAUAACGUGUGGUCUAUCCAAAAGCACAUUAUAGAGAAUGUCAUGCCAACUCCGCUGUUGACUUCUUGGUUUGUGUUUUGUCCUCUUUUUUGGUUUGCUUACAUUGGGCGCCGAAGAUGCGCCACCGUACUCAGGGUUGCGAUUGCACUACCCUGGUGCUCUUCCGUUGCGUUAGCACAGCACCGGGAGUUAGUAUAGGGAUUAGUUGGCAAAGUGCUUCUGAGUGAACUUACUGAAACAAAGAAACUCCUUAUUUAAAAAAAUCAAAACAACGGUCUGGUGAAGUGUUUUUAGAACAUUUUUCAAGAAUAAAAUGAUUCAAGGUUUUGGAUCAGCUUAUAGUGUGUUUUUCUGAAUUCUUUCAAUACCUGAAGAAAAAGCGAAAAUAAAGUU